AUGACAGCAACUGAGGAAAAUCAACCCCUCAUCACCACCCCCACCCCUUCUACGAGCACUCAGAGGACUUCGUAUGAUUCCGUUGCCUUCACGAAGGGGAAUGGCCAUCACACGGACUCCCACGGUUCCAGCACAGAGGCUGUCCUAAGAAUGGAGCCAGUGGUCUCAAAACACGAAAUCCACCCCCUGUCAGCCACCAACGACAGGAUCACCUACACUUGGAGCGAAGUGAACGUCUACUACACGGCGCGCAAUGGCAGGGCCUGGGAUCGACUAUUCCGGAGGAAAAAACCGGUUGAGCAGAGGCAUAUUCUCAAAGACGCUUGUGGUGUGGCAUACCCUGGUGAACUACUAGUGAUAAUGGGCUCAUCAGGCGCAGGGAAAACGACUCUAUUAAACGCCCUGACGUUUCGCUCAUCCCGAGGCAUAACAGUCUCUGGGACAAUGGCAGCGAAUGGCCGGCGAGUGACAUCGAGUGUACUCACGUCGAGAACAGCUUAUGUACAGCAGGACGAUUUAUUUGUUGGGACUCUCACCGUACGAGAGCAUCUGCUCUUUCAAGCCAUGGUGCGAAUGGACCGGGAUAUUCCGUACAAGCAACGGGUGAAAAGGGUCAAUGACGUCAUAUCAGAAUUGGCCCUGACGAAGUGCAGGGAUACGAUAAUCGGUAUCCCCGGACGCGUGAAAGGGCUCUCCGGCGGAGAAAUGAAGAGAUUAUCAUUUGCUUCUGAGGUACUCACCGAUCCGCCACUCAUGUUCUGCGACGAGCCAACAUCAGGGCUGGAUUCCUUCAUGGCGCAUCAGGUGGUGUCUGUGUUGAAGGCACUGGCAGCUAGGGGGAAAACCAUCAUCGCGACUCUUCAUCAACCAUCCUCGGAGCUCUUUGCGCUUUUCGACAGGAUUCUCCUCAUGGCAGAGGGACGGGUCGCUUUCAUGGGGACGCCUGAACAGGCUUAUGCUUUUUUUAAAACGAUGGGAGCUGUGUGCCCCAGCAACUACAACCCCGCGGAUUAUUUCGUCCAAGUGUUGGCAGUGGUGCCAGGACGCGAGACCUCCUGCAGGCACACAAUCAACGCAGUCUGCGAUGCAUUUCAGAGGAGUGACAAUGGGACUAAAAUCGCAAUCGAGGCGGAAACGAUCCAAGGGGAAUUCGAGGAGUCUCUGAGGGCUUCCGAGGGGAAAGACAAUGGGAGGUCACCUUACAAGGCUUCCUGGUGCGAGCAGUUUCGCGCAGUCCUCUGGAGGUCAUGGUUAUCGGUGAUCAAGGAGCCUAUUCUCAUCAAAGUUCGACUGUUGCAGACGUUUAUGGUGUCUCUAUUAAUCGGAGUGAUCUACUAUGGGCAAAGGCUGGAUCAGGACGGAGUGAUGAACAUAAAUGGUGCCCUCUUUAUUUUCCUGACGAACAUGACCUUUCAAAAUGUUUUCGCUGUUAUCAGUGUCUUUUGCGCUGAGCUACCCAUAUUCCUACGUGAACACAGAAACGGAAUGUAUCGAACAGACAUUUAUUUUAUCUGUAAAACUCUCGCGGAGGCGCCGAUCUUCGUGGCAGUCCCUCUCCUCUUUACGACAAUAGUCUACCCAAUGGUCGGAUUAUAUCCUGGGAUCGAUCACUUCUUCAUCGCCGCUGGGAUCAUGACGCUCAUCGCCAAUGUCGCCACUUCAUUCGGGUAUCUCAUCUCUUGCGCAAGCACUAAUAUUUCUAUGGCUUUGUCUGUUGGUCCUCCCGUUAUCAUUCCAUUCUUGUUGUUCGGCGGAUUUUUCCUGAAUACAGCAUCUGUCCCCAUAUACUUCGAGUGGUUCUCCUACCUGUCAUGGUUUCGUUACGGUAAUGAGGCACUACUAAUUAACCAGUGGUCCGAGGUUGAAACAAUAGCCUGCACGCGCAGUAAUGCGACCUGUCCCAAGACCGGCCACAUGGUUCUGCAAACCUACAACUUCACCGAGGGGGACUUUAACAUGGACAUCAUUGCCCUCUGCGCUCUCAUCGUCAGCUUCAGGUUCUUCGCGUUUUUGGCAUUGCUAUCGAAAACUUUACGAAAGACAUGAGAGUAUUUGAUGAAGUUAAGAAGCCAUUGGUCCAGAUUUUCUAUUUCGAAUAUUUCUAAAUGGAGAAAGUUAUUUCAAUCAACUUAUUUCCAUCAAUUUUUUCUGUUACAAAUAAUUAUUUUUAAGAUAUAGAAAUAAAAUGACAAAUAAAAUGAAUGAAAUAAAUUACAUUUUUUGAGACAAAGAAAUGUAUUUUGACAUCUCACUUAUGGGAUCAUCUUUUGGUCUUUCGUAUUUAUAUUUGCUUGAAGAAUAGAAUACUGUCUGUAAUUUGACUAUUUCAGAAGUUCUAAAUGCCUCAAUUAUUGUAUAUAUUCAAUAAAUUGAAAUAAUAAAAUAAAAGAUGAAAAAUAAAUUGA